AUUUCCUGAAUGGGAAUGCCUGGUUCUUGUGCAACAGUGGGGAAGAUCUGUUUGCAGGAUUACUCUGAGCUGCUAGGAAGGAAGUUAGUCAUACUCUUCUGCUUAGGGAGCAGACCCACACGCUCCAUAUGGGCUGCAACGCUGAGCCACGUCAGGAGGAGGUAUGAAAGCAAGAGAGGAAACAUGGAAAUGGAAAGGACUGAAGACUUCAGGGCACUUCGAGCAAAGUUUCAAAAUGACACUAACUUUUCCAGUACCUUGCUGCCGCCUGCGAAGACUCUGCCUGCAGAAAUCCCCCCACGGCACAGUACUAAUGGCAGUUCUGUAUCCCAUCCCAAACCCAAGCUGUUGCGCCGAGGAGAAGGGCCAGUCCCUGAGCAAAAGACUGAGCCAUUCAAUUACAUGUCACAGAAAUCUGAAAUAGUGCAAGUCAAGCCUGUGCUGUUGCCGAGGGUCAGGCUUCGUGAGUUGUCUGAAACAGGGAAGAAUGAAGAUGGACAAAGCAAAGACUUGGCCGAGACAUUUUGUGCGAGGGUUGCACAAGUGGCAGAUUCACAAAAACAGCACCCAACAUCUUAUCAUGGCUCUCAAGAAGCUGCAUUGGCAAAUAAUUGUUUCCGCAAUGCUCUGCACAUCUGGGAAAGUGCUUUGUUGCAGAGUGACCGCAAGUGUCCUGUGGCCCCUCCACAGCAUUCAAAUAGGACAUCUCUUGCACAACCCAAAGCUGCUCAUAUUGGUAUUACUCCAGAAGCUCAAGCAAAAGCUGCUGGAAAUGAGCAAGUGUUGGAGCUUGUUGCACCAAAUAACCUUUCCCAUGUACAGGUUGAACCCAUUUCAUUUCCCACAGUCUCCCCACCUGUUCCACCAAGAAGUCAUGCAAGUUCAGAGAGAGAGGCAUAUGGAGCCAUUAAGGUUGUUGGUUUCUCCCAAGAUGCUAAUGACUUGGACAGGUCAAGCAAGACCUUGCAAUGUUCAAAUGAAAGACUGCAUGAUGUUGAAGAAAUCAAGCUUCCGAAAAUCAAACCACUUCCAUCCAUUAUUUCACUUGGACCUCCUCCAAAGAAGCCGCCAAGGCCUCCUAAGGUAAAUCUUGGUGCAUUCCAGCAGAAAUUUUCAGAUGAAGCAGAUGAUGCAUACAUGACUCCUGAAAUUACUGAAACUGAAGAACUGAACACUUAUGAAGAAACAAUAUCCUACUUGAAGUAUCCAGAGAGUUCCACUGAUUCUGCUCAAGAAACUCCACAUUCUUCCAAGGAAGGGAAAAGGGAAAAUAUCAAGAAACAAAGUUUGCUUCUUGCCACACCUAGCACAGAAACAGAGGAUAUGAAAGAGAGAGGAGCACGCUGGAAUCAUGAAACACCAAACCACCAAUACGGUGAAAAAACAAUCAAGAUUAGUGGCCAUGGGGGUAUACUCACUAAACCAAAAAUCAUUGGAGAACACAGAGGUGAGAAGUGCACGCCUCCAGAGGAGACAACACCAUCUUUCCCUGGCACACGGCUAGCAAAAGAUGGAAACUUUUCAGAUGAUUAUGUGUGCCUGGAAGCCUUGAAAAUAGAUGACAAGGAAGCCACUCUGGGUCCAAGGACUGCCAUAUUUGUGCAAGAUGUGGAAGAAGUAUAUGAUGACGUGGAAGGAAUACAGAGAGAAUUUCAAGCUUCUGAUGCCUACAGCUCAUUUACCUCAGACACCUUUUCAGAUGAUGCCUGUGAAGAAACAUAUGAGGAUGUUCAAUGUGAAGGCUAUAAUAUAACCAAGCCAGAUGAUGUCAAAGUAGAAAAGCUAAAGGGACUUGGAAAAUUUUUCAAGAAAGGAAAAUUCAAAAUGAAAAAUACACACUUGAAAGAGAAUUUGCGCAAUCUUUCCAGUUCUGCAUCAAACCUAGAUGUUAUGGCCCAGGAAGGCAUGGUGUAUGACAACGUCGAUGCAGAACAAAAUGAUACAAAGCCUUCUUCCAGAAAUUUCUUCAAAGUCAAGAAAUAUAAUUUAGAGAAGAAUAACAAGAUGUCAAAAGAAGAAAAGCUGUUUAGAGAGAAGUUUAUGUAUGAUAAGGAGAUUGUUGUAAUUAAUACUGCAGUUGCACACUGCUCAAAUACUUCAACCAAAGGAAAACUUGACUUGAGGAUCACAGCAGGAGAGCCACUUGAAGUCAUUGAUAUUACUGAAGGGAACCAACUGAUAUGUCGGAAUUCUGAAGGCAAAUAUGGGUAUGUCCUAUUAGAACACUUGAAUUUCAGCAGACACUAAUACUGCAUAUCUGAAGCACAACUUUUCCUAUGAAGUGAUGUAUCGAUGGCAUGCACUGAAAAUAAGCACCAGUAAGAAACCCACGGGAAGGAACAGAACUUAGUAGUUAAUGGCAAACUUAAAUGCUAAGUUUAAAUUCUUCAGUAGCUCAGUUAAUAACUGUCACUAGAUUGAAUGAUAGACGGAGAGUUGAGCAUGGUUGCUUUUCAAUAUUGCAAGUUCAACAUUGUUUUUCAAAUUCAUACUGUGCAGUGUGUGGCUUAAUACAUUAGAUUUUAGAUAACUGGGAUCCAAAGACUCUUGUGCACAUGUUUUAUGCAUCUGAGCACCCAUAGGAUUAUAUCAAGUUUUGUUUCCAGCUGAACUGGAGGAUCUCUCCACUUUGAGUGGCCUUUUCAGUUAUGGGGGUUGGAGAGCAUGAAAAGUUCCUGUGUGUGCAGAAAUCUGGUUCUCUGGACUGUGGCCAGCAUUAUUUAUCAUUUACGUGCCAAACAAUUGGUAUAUGUGUGUUCUAUCAAUUUUGGAAAUGUAAGCCUUGGCAUUUGUAACCAGUCCUGUAUUCAGUCUGACUAAAUCCUCAUACAUAGUGGAUGUGUAGCUGGCACACACUGAAUUGUAGAUGUAAAUAAAAUGAAGUAUGGAUGUGCAUUUCAUAAUACUUUGUUUUUGAAGGCAAUGUUGCGAAGUGUACACAAAAUUGUGAGUACACAGUUGACCUAAGGACACAUAACUUGUUUUCCCAUUUUUACCUGUAACUAGUUGAAACAAAAAAGUUCUUUUUUUAAAAAAAAAAGUUCAAAGAUGGGGAUCUUGGCAUAGAUGCACAUUGGCCAAUUCCUGUAGUUUUGUGGUAAAUGGACUGGUUUAUAAAAUUUCUUCACUCUUGGGCAUGCCAUGGUAAACUGUACAAAGAAAGGUUGAAGGGUAGCAUGUGCAAUGAAUAUCCUGAGCUCAUUGUAGAAGACUCACUUAAGAAACCAUUAAAAAAAUAUAGAUUUGUUAAAAUGGAACCAUGAGCACUUAAAAACUAGAUCUUUUAAAAGGUUACACCAUCAAACUAGAGUGUCUGCUCAUUCCAUUAAGUGUUGUUAGGUGCUGAUAUAUCACUUCAUUGUAUUAGAAAACAUGAUUUGUUACAGAAAACCUGUUACUGAAAUGACACUUAAAUGAUCAAAUACAGCAUUGUGGAAACUUGGAAUAAAAACCACCCAAGCAAGAAUUUGACUUGCUUAGAAGAUGA